AAAUUGAUUCAGAAAAAAAAAGUUUGAAAUUAAAAGAAAAGCAGAAUUAGAAAAUGCCGAAGAAGAUUUAAAAUUAAUUGAAUAAGAAAAAAAAUAAUAAGAAAAACAAAAGAGUUCCAGUUGAUUCUUUGAAAGUUCCUACUUAAGACAAUGAAGAAAUGGAUCUUUUUUAAAAAUAUGGAUUUGGAGAUUUAAUGAAAUAAUAUCUGAUUAAAGAUAAAAAUCCUAUACCAUCCCCAGCUGAUAGAAUACUUUAAAAACAAAAUAAGGAGAAAUUAAUUUUGAUAAAAUAAUUGCUGAUAAAAAAUAAGAAAGUGCAAUAAAAUAAAAAGAAAAUAAAGAAUCAGAUAAUGAAGUCGAAGAUAUACUAUAAUUAGAUUUAAGUUAUGAAUUAAAAAUGUAAAAAAAAGAAAAAAAAAUGAAAUCUACAUCGAAAAACAUUGUGGAAAUAAAAUCAGGAAAAAAGAGUAUUGAGUUAUAAUUAUAAUAAAAUAUAAGUACUCAUGCUAAACGUAAACAAAGAAAACAAAUAAUUGAAUCAAG